AUGCAUUCUUCUAAUCCCGGAAUUUCCCAACAAUCUUUAAUUUCAUCCCUUGAUGACAAUAAUACAAAUAUUACAACAUCUGAUACAAAUAAUAAUGUUGAACGACUUAAACAACAUUGUAAUGGUAAUAUAUGUAAUAAUAAUUUUUUAAUAUCAAUAUCAACACAAACAAAUCAUGAACAAUUAAAUACACAAAUAUUUACCAAUAGUCAAAAAGAAAUCUUAAGACUUAUUGGACAACAUUUACAAAGUGCACUUAUAGCACUUGAUAAAUUAAAACAAUAUAUUGAAGAAAACGAUGACAUACAACAAAUGAAAUAUUUAAUUCUUGAACAAAAAUAUUUUGAAUUAAUUGAAGAUAAUCAAUCUAUGGAAGCACUUUAUUGUUUACGAAAUGAAAUUCGAACAUUAAAUAUUCGUAUUGAACGAACACAUCAAUUAACCGCGUUUCUUAUGUUUAAUUCUCUUAAAGAUAUGUAUAAAGCAGCAAAUUGGAGUGGAAAAGGUUUUACAUCAAGAGAUAAAUUAAUGGAAAAAUUACAAAAAUAUUUUCCACCUGAUAUAAUGUUACCGCCAAAACGACUUGAAUCCUUAUUAUCACAAGCAAUUGAAUUACAACAAGAACGAUGUACAUAUCAUGUUAAACCAGGAAAAUUAUCUAUAGAAGAUAUAUCAUUACUUCAAGAUCAUGCAUGUACCAAACAAACAUUACCUUGUGUUACUAUUCAAACAUUAACAGAUCAUACAGAUGAAGUAUGGUUUUGUAAAUUUUCUCCUGAUGGUACUAAACUCGCAACUGGUUCAAAAGAUGGUAAUCUGUAUAUAUAUGAUGUUGACAUGGAAACAUAUAGAUUAAAAUUACGAAAACAAUUUGAUGGCCAUUCAUUUGGUAUUGGCUAUAUAGCUUGGUGUCCAUUUAGUCGAUAUAUAAUUGCUUGUGGUACAGACGAAUGUAAUGAAAUAUGGAUAUGGGAUAUUCAAAAAGAAGAACAACGAUCACGUAUACAUCAUACACCAGAUGAUAGUUUAACUUGUGCUGCUUGGUUACCAUGUGGUACAAGAUUUGUAUGUGGAGGAUCACGUGGACAAUUUUAUUACUGUGAUAUUGAUGGUAACGUCAUUGAUAGUUGGGAAGGUGUUCGUUUACAAUGUUUAAAUGUAACAAAUGAUGGAAUUAUACUAGCAGCUGAUGCUCAAAAACGUAUUAGUUCAUAUAAAUUUGAUAGUUUAACCGAUCAACAAAUAAUUCAUGAAGAUCAUCCAAUAAUGUCAUUUACAAUAAGUAAAGAUGGUCGUCUAGCUCUUCUUAAUAUUGCUACACAAGGUGUUCACCUUUGGGAUCUACAUGAUAGACAAUUACUUCGUAAAUAUCAAGGUGUAAUACAAGGACAUUAUGUUAAUCACGCCACAUUUGGUGGACCUAAUGAAGAAUUUAUAGCAAGUGGUAGUGAAGAUUCAAAAGUUUAUUUAUGGCAUCGAAGACAAGAACGUCCAAUAAUGAUCUUUUCCGGUCAUUCACGUACUGUUAAUUGUGUUUCAUGGCAUCCUAUACUACCAUUACUAUUUGCUUCAGCAUCUGAUGAUGCAACUGUUCGAAUUUGGUCGACUACAGAACAUCAAUUACAAACAGAAUCAUCGAUUAACAGUGAAUAA